AUGAAUCGACUGCCGGUUUCAGUGUACGUAUUUCGGAUAUAUGCAGAUGAGGUUGUGGUAGUGGACCUCACAAAUCAGUUGGGCCGCACCAUCCGAGGUAAUCCAGACACCCCGGAGAAAGCAGAUACCGGAAUAUCGGCCGGUGACACUUUGACUGCAAACAACACCACUGCCACCGCUACCACCACCACCACCGCCACCACCACCACCACCAUAAACAACCACGAAAUCCCAGUUAUCGAAUCUCGCACCAAUCAACUGCAGGCUUCCUCCCCCUCCGGCGACACUGGUGUGCCUGCGGUACCCCCGCGUCGACUCAAGCCCCAACACAGCGGCAGUACUCAGUCUCUUCGACCUGCCGGUGACAACAAGGGUUCCCCCACUGCUAGUCCCAACAUUAACAGACCACCUUAUCAACAAAACGGCAUGCUGGAGUCACCAGUGACUCCACGCGGUGAACUCAUGGACUUCAAAGUUGCCAUGUUGGAGAAGGAUCGCCGUAUCGAACAGCUGUCCUCGGAGAUAAAGAAACUCACUGCUGUACUGCAGCAGCAUAUGUCCGAAUGCGAGAUAUGGAAGAAGGUACGUGGUGGGGACUUCUUUUUCCUCCUAGUCUUUCUCAUUAACUAUGUGCCUGGAGUUAGUAGGACUUGA